AUGAUCGACAACCAUACAGACAAUGUCUACAUCGCAGUGGCGGCUUCUGCGUACCGGGUGAAUACCAAGGGAGAAAUUUACCAACUUGUGUCUGGUGCCUGGUUAUUGCUCGAGGAUAAGCCGUUCGACGAGCGCCCGACCCCAACGGACAUUCAGCCAGUUAUCUACGACAAACAUUGUCGUAAUCCAUCGCCGACCAUACUCCGUAUUGCCGGCGGAGCAGCUGGUCAGAGCGGCUUGAUACAAGCCCUAAGUGACGCGUUCAACAAGUUCCGCGUUUCUGAGAAAUUCGAUCCCUGCAGAGUGGCUUGGUACAAGACCAGUCCAUCCGAGUCCCUCAGGUACCUCAACGACGGCAUAGUGGAUGUCGUAAUCACCCGCAACUCUGUAGAAGUAGCAACCGCUUUGAACCAGAGUAUCCGACUGUCUCCUCUUGGUUCUUAUCUCAUCUUCCGCGAACCUUUGCUACUCGUCGGACCACUCUCCAAUCCAGCUAAUCUUGAUCCCAACUCCGAUAUCAUUACAAUGUUUCGGACCUUACGCCAAGCAGCCCAGCUAGACUACACACCAAGAAAUGCAGGGACCACCGACCCCUCAGCUUCAUUCGAAACCCGAGGCGACGGUUCAGCCACUCAUCUCAGAGAAUGCCAGUUGUGGGAAGAAGUGAGAAAAGUAGAUCAGCCCCCUCACCUCCCCGCGUUCUUUCCAUACAUACCCAUCAACAGAUAUCCCCCACUCACUAAAGCCAACAUCGACGCAUCUCUCAACCUCUACGGCGCCGCCAAUCUAGGGUAUUACACUCUAACAGAAUCCAGCAUGUAUCGCUUGAAACCCGAGCUCCAUACAAAAUUGACCGUCUACAAGCACGGGCAGCUUAAUGAUCCGAAUGACUUGCUUGUCCUGCAAGGUCAUUUGCUCGUCGGUGCUAGAGCUCAGUAUCCGGCCCUGGCCGAGCAUUUUGCGGCGUGGGCGGCUGGGCCUGCGGGGCAGAGCAUUGUGAGGGACUUUAGGAUAUGUGGGCGGUCGGUGUACUAA